AUGAAGGUCACCAUCAAGGAGUGGAAUGCCGUCGCCACCUGGCGCUGGGAUAUGCCCGACGAUGAAGUCUGUGGGAUUUGUCGCGUCCAGUUUGACGGGACUUGUCCGACCUGCAAAUUCCCGGGGGAUGAUUGCUCUUUACGUAGGGACCCGAGAACCAUGCAGGGAAAGACUGUUGCCUCAUUCGGAAGUACUCUCACGGCUCUCUUUCUGCUACCGGGACUUUUUCAACUUCUCCGCCAUCUCCCUCCGUUUCCCUUUUCUUUUCCCCCCAUCCUCCCCUUCUCCUUCUUUCUCUCCUCCUUUUUAUCCAUCAUGCAUUCCGUUCGCCGCCUCCCCGACUCCGACGCUCCUUCCCGUCCCCAGAGCUUGAUCGACCGGCCAUCCCCCCCAGAACAGGCACCAGAUCCCACCUCCCGCGAGGCAACUCCGCACCAGCCGGACCUGGACGAGAGAAAUCAAGGGCCACCGUCGGUCCCGGAGGUUCACGACGAGGGAGAAGCCGCCGCAGACAAACCACCACAACAACAACAACCACAGUAUGGACCCACCUUCCAGCCCUUCUUCACCCUUGUGGAGGACGCCCACUCCGCCGAUUACUACCAUCCCAAUGUACACUACAUCUUCUCGGAUGACGACACCGAUAUCGUAACCGAAGCCGCCCUACGCUCCCUCGAUUCUGAUCAGCAUGACAGUUUCCUUCACAGUCGGAAGCGGAAAUCCCGCGAUCUGCACCUGCAGCACCACCAGCACCAGCACCAGCCCGCUGACGACAACAGGACGACAGAUCGCCCCUACGAGGAAGAGCUGCCCAGUCCCAAGAAAACGUCCCUUCUACCCGACCCCACUCCCGGCGUGCGCGAUAACUACAUCAUCAUGGACGUCAAUCACGCGCCCGAGGCCGCGGCCGCCGCGGGCACCAAUCCCGCCCCCGCUUUGGCCGGGUCUCCCGCCACCCAGGCCUCCGUGCCUCCGCGGCCCUCCGCGAACAACCCCUUCUCCGUGACGUCGGCCCAGAGCCUCACCCCCGCGUGGCAGGUUCUCGACACGCAGCUCGCCCCCGCCCCGACCUUCGAGAACAAUUCCCCGGGGGACCAGCCCCACGAUCGGGGGUUGAUGCUCAAGAUCCGAGGCACGGCGGGACUGCCGGUGAACGCCCUGGCGAAGGACCGGGAACGAGGCAGUCAGCAGCUGGAGGACAUGAUGGAACAUUUCGAGAAGCGACUCAGCGAACUCCGGCGCAUCAUCGACGCGGGAGAGCAACCGCACGAGCCCGAAGUUCCACUGGAAGAGGCUGGGCCUCCUCCAGGAAUGGACGUACCGAACGCAGUCGGCAUCCCCCCCGAAGUAGAAAAACCAUCUGGGUCGCAGGGUCGUCCCGAAGCCGAGGGGAAGGAAAAGGCCACGGCAAAGGUCACAGAAAAGGCCCAGGAACAGGCCAAGGAAAAGGCUCCGGAACAGCGCCAGGAGUGA